GAGAUUUUCUCAAUCUGGCUUUGAGUUUGUCUUUAGGACUGCAACUAAUUCACAACUUAUUUUUAUUUGAUUUAGUGUAGAAAAUACUACAAUAUCCCAAUUUCCUAGAGUCCAAAAUCAUUUUUGAGGCUGUACACUGCAAAAAAAAAGUUAGUGAGAUAAUAUUUUGAAUUGGGUUAACUUGUGCUGACUACACAAGAAUGAAUUGAACAUACAGGUAGGUGGUUGUACUUAUUUUCUCCUGCACAAUCACUUUCUCUUUCCCCUCUAAGAGUUUUCUUUUUUUUGUUUUUACAUUUGAAUUUUUCCUUGUUAUUGUGGGAUUCGUUUCUAUGGAUUUCCAGGCAGAUUAACGUGAGUAAAACUAAAACUGACAGUCUGCUGGCUACCUGAGGUCUGCAGGUCUCUCUGUCCAGGCUUGUUUGACAAAGGUAUUGACACUGUCACCUCCUUGAAAUUUAAACUAUAACACACACACACACACACACACACACACACACACACACUUAUAUUCAAAUCAAAAUAUGCAUUCCUGUACAGCAGCGUGGAGGCUCCAAAGAAUGUGCAGUCACACAAUGAAAAGAUGAAUGCAGAAGUACUGCAUACAUAAUGCGUGUACAACGCAUACACUGUCACUUAUUUUGUUCACUUGCACACACACACACACACACACACACAUUCAGACAGGCUUGUGUAUCUGUUUAUCUCAGGAUUGUAUGGGCAUGUCAGAUCUGCUCCAACUCACUCACGGAGAACAGGAGAGGCCAGCAUCAUCCUCUCCUCUUCCAGUCUUUCUCUUUCUGUUUGAGCCUCGGCCUCUCCAUUUUUUCAGUCACACAGCUGUAUUUCUGGUCAUUAAUUACUGGCCAUUAGAGAUAAUUUAACGAACAUUUUAUGUCGUUGUAUAGUGAAACAUUCAGGAGAUGAAAAUAUAAUUUUUUGUUUAAGUUGAAUUGGUUUCAUUGAGAAAAUUCUGAAUGGAUUUACAAGAAAGCUCUCAGAUUUUGACUGCAAGCACAGAAGCUGACAGAUGAUUUUCAAAAAGAGCAACAGAGAAGCAGACAAACAUUUAAUGACGAUGCUGUGAUAUUGACUGUUGAUGAUCCACAACACCAGGUCAUUAGUCCUGUUUUAUUUUCUGACUGUUUCCUUGUUUUGUGUUUCGUCCAGGUUUGAAAAAGAGUCAGCACAGCCUCUGGACCAGCCGACUGCAACAGCGAUGCCUUCCAACAAAUACUCUGCUGCUAUCAUGGAUGAUAGCAACAACAUGACAGCCACGGCGCCGGUGAACGGAGGCAAGCCUCCCGCUAAAGGCCUAUCAGAGAACGACAGUGGCGUGGAGCUGACCAAUGAGAACAGCCCUCUGACCGCGGCUGAACCGCCCUCCCCCUUCAGCCCCAAGCAGAACGGAGACGCCGCCUCACCUCAAGAUGGUAACCAAGGUUCAGGGGGAAGUAGGAAGAGGAGCAGGAAGAAGUCUGAGGAGGAGGAAACUACCUGGGACUCCGACAGCGAGGACAAAACUUCAGGAGCGUCUCAGCUGGGUUUGAGACAGACGCCUCGACCCAGAACCAUCUUUCAGGCCGGUCUGAUACCGCGCACACACAACAAACCUCGCAGACAGAACCGCAAACCGGAGCACAGCAUGUUACUGUGUGCUGGUCGCGGUGGUCCUCGGGUGGCUGCGGUUACGUCCGGCGGAGUCCCAGAGGCUCCCCGUCCCGAGCUGAUGGAACAAGACUCCAAGGACUCGGCCCAGAGUAUCAGCACCUCAUCCAGCUCUGAGAUCCAGCCGGAGUACAAUGACAACAAGGGUUUUGGCAUUGGUGAGCUGGUGUGGGGAAAGAUCAAGGGCUUUUCCUGGUGGCCCGGCAUCGUGGUGACGUGGCGCGCCACUGGCAAACGGCAGGCCAGCAACGGCAUGAGGUGGCUGCAGUGGUUUGGAGAUGGAAAGUUCUCUGAGGUUUCAGCAGACAAACUGGACUCCAUCACUGCCUUCCCCAAGUUCUUCAGCCAGGCCUCCUACACCAAACUGGCCUCCUACCGCAGAGCUAUCUUCCAAGCACUGGAGAUGUCCAGUGUCCGGGCGGAGAAGAAGUUUCCUCCCUGCGAGUCGGACAUUCUAGAUGACCAGGUCAAACCCAUGCUGGAGUGGGCCAACGGCGGCUUCCUGCCCAAAGGAGAGGAGGGGCUCAAACCUACACACACUGCCGACAGUAACCCUCUGGACCACCAGGUCCUCGAUGUUUCCCUGCCAGAAUAUUUCCCCAGCGCCAAGCGGCCCAGAGUCAGCCUCUGUAAGAACAAGGCCGCCCCCGAGGAGUCCUACAGCAGAGAACAAAUGGUGAAUGAAGUUCUGAAGAAUAAAAGAAGUAUAGAAGAUUUCUGUCUCUCUUGUGGAAAGAUGAGAGCAGCAACCUUCCACCCACUGUUUGAAGGAGGCCUGUGCCAAACAUGCAAGGACGUGUACCUGGAGAUGUCCUACAUGUAUGACGAUGACGGUUACCAGUCCUACUGCACCGUUUGCUGCGGAGGUCGAGAGGUUUUGCUCUGCGGCAACGCCAACUGCUGCAGGUGUUUCUGUGUGGACUGUCUGGACAUCCUGGUGGAUCCCGGAGCGUCUAACAGCGCUCGCUAUCUGGACCCGUGGCGAUGCUACAUGUGCCAGCCGCUGCUGCAGUACGGCAUCCUGAAGCGACGGCACGACUGGAGCAUCAAGCUGCAGGUUUUCUUCACCAGCGACAAUGGACAGGAGUUUGAGAAACCAAAGAUUUUCCCAGCAAUCCCUGCAGAGCAGAGACGACCAAUCAGAGUCCUCUCCCUGUUUGACGGCAUUGCCACUGGCUACCUGGUUUUAAGGGACCUGGGUUUUAAGGUGGACCAGUAUGUGGCGUCAGAAGUGUGCGAGGAAUCCAUCUCAGUGGGUGUUGUCAGACAUGAAGGAAAGAUCCAUUACGUCCAUGAUGUCAGGAACAUCACCAAGAAAAACCUUCUCGACUGGGGUCCAUUUGACCUGGUGAUAGGAGGAAGUCCCUGCAACGACCUGUCAAUCGUCAAUCCUGCCAGGAAAGGGCUCUAUGAAGGCACAGGGAGGCUGUUCUUCGAGUUUUACCGUCUGCUGAGCGAGGCCAAACCCAAAGAAGGAGAAGACAGGCCGUUCUUCUGGAUGUUCGAGAACGUGGUCGCCAUGGGCGUCAAUGACAGGAGGGACAUCUCACGAUUCCUAGAGUGUAACCCUGUGAUGAUUGAUGCUAUUGAGGUCUCUGCUGCUCACCGGGCCCGAUACUUCUGGGGAAACCUGCCGGGCAUGAACAGGCGUCUGUGUGCCUCUGGGAUGGACAAGCUGGAGCUGCAGGAUUGUCUGGAUCACGGCAGAGUUGCAAAGUUUGGGAAGGUGCGCACCAUCACUACCCGCUCCAACUCCAUCAAACAAGGGAAGGAUCAACACUUCCCUGUGCUGAUGAACGGGAAAGAGGACAUACUUUGGUGCACUGAGCUGGAGAGGAUCUUUGGCUUCCCUGUCCACUACACAGACGUGUCCAACAUGGGUCGCGGUGCCAGACAGAGGCUCCUGGGCCGGUCCUGGAGCGUCCCCGUCAUCAGGCAUCUGUUCGCUCCACUGAAAGACUACUUCGCUUGUGAAUAGACGCCAGCCAUCAUCAGCAAAGAGAAGCCAUUUACACACACCAGCUUUUCCAUUGUGAUACUAACUCCGAGGAACAUCGGCCGCCCGCCACAUUUUGUGAAGAGCCGGAAAUUUCUCUCCACUCUUGCAGGAGAAUAACAAGUUUCAUUUCAAAUCAGUGUAGCUGGAAAAUAGUGAGAAUAGCUGUUUUUGUGUCCAGCCCUCCUGGUGAUAAUGCACUGCAGCCUUAAACACACAUAACACACUAACACAGAGAUAAACAAAUAAAGCAUAGGCUGUGAUUCUGCCCAUAGUAUCACUGAUUAUAUCAUCCAUAACCGAGGCCAGGAGAGUGCUUUUGUCUCUGGAGGUUCAGCUGAGUUUAAAGGGAAAGAUGGCGAAACCUGACUUACCUGUUUUGUUGAUUCAGAUUAGACCGUACAGGGAUCUGAACAGGAUUUUCUUUCGUUUGAAAUGCCCUUAGAAGGUAUUGCUUUUAAGUUGACAACACUUAGUAGUUGUAGAAAAGAGAGAACAACACACAACCAAAGGUACAGCUUUUUACUGCGCUGUAUCAAACUUUUUUUGUAGGAUGUGUCAAAAUUUCAGAGGAUGUUUAUGCCUCCAUUUAGCUGAUGAUUAAAAUGUGUGACAACAGGCUGGUAAUAAAAAAAACACUUGAACCAAAGUCAUUAGAUGGACAUAUUUGGGCCUACAUGCUGUUCCACUAGAAUCCGGCCUGAAUGUAUUUUCUCAAAAAAAGGGGUUUGUCUAGAAAUUAUAUUGGGGCUAUCUGUCCAAAUUCUAAGAUAAUAAAUAUCCACAACUGUACUGAAUUAUUAAAAAUAAAUUGAUAAAUAAAACAGAAACAGCAUUCAACAAAAACAUAUCCUGUUAGUCUAAGCCACACAGGUACUGUGAAAGCAUUGUGGUUGUUCAAUGCUAAGAAAAUAAUCUUUUUAACUUCGUUAAAAUUACAACAUAUUUAGAUUUGAAUAUGGAAAGAAAAAAAGUGCUCCGUAGGAAAUUACAUUCAGCAAUGGAAGCUCGUGCACUGCAGGCUAACCUGGAGAUGAAGCAGGGUUUGUCUUUAUAUUUAGUUCAUAUUCAUAGUUUUGUUGUUGUUAAUUGUUGUAAAGAAAAAUACUAUAGUUUAGCUUGUUGUAUUUUACUUUGAGAUGACUUCAUAUGAGCAAAAAAAACGGAAAAAAAAUGUUUAUCAAAGAUUAUAUUAAAAUGUUUUUGUAUAGAUGGUGUAAAACUUGAAACAAGCCGAUGCAAAAACACAGAUCUAGAGAUUGUCUUUUGGGGACCAUUCCAGACAGCUAAGAAUUAACGAGUGAUGCCAUUUAUCCUGCUGCAGAAGUUUAGAUUUUAUCGUGAAAAAAAAAUACCAUUGUUUUAGCUCACUGUAAUGGCUGGAUGUCAGUGAUGUCAGCUACAUGUGAGUGAACCUGGUUCAAAGACGUUAACUUGAAUCCAGGAAAGAACGAGUGUCACUGUGCGUAAAUGUGGUUUUAAAAAGCAAAAAGGUGGGAAACACUGGCCAACACGCAAUAUUUCUUGUAAACUACCACUGACUAAUCUUGUUUUAUAUGCGUUUUUUUAAGUUUCCCAAACAUUUGACAAGAUCAAAAAUCAUCUCUAUAAUGCUGGUUGAUGCUCUGCUUUGUUCUGUGUGGUGCACAUGCUUUGGUAUACAGUAUGUAUCAGUAAUUACAAGUAGCCUAACUGUCUGAUGUGGUGCACAUUUGUUGCCAGAAGAACUGUUUUCCUGUGAGACUUCAAACACAGUUAUUGCAAUAAUGUUUUUUAAUACUACUUAAUAAUUUUACACAUUGCCAUUUUUUGCCUGAAAUGACAUGUCAUUCUGUAUGCUUAAGCUUUAGCAUGUUCACCAGACAGAGGGAUUUACUGAACAGUUUAUUUUGGUGCCAAUUCUCUUGAUGUGAACUAACUAAACUCACAAAAAAUUGGUAUAUUCCUUUGAACUAUCUUUUUGUUUUGUUUUGAUAACUGGAGGAAUUUUUCGAUGUUGUCGACUGUCACCAAAUCCUACUAAAUGGGCAUUACCUCAGACAAAGGGGCAACUGUACAUCACUCCUCCUGUAGGACCUCUUUUCUGUGAAUAUACACUGUAGCUUUAUGCUCCAAUAUGCCCUGUCUAUAUAUAGCUUGUAUUUUUUCACUGGAACUUUAAUUUUUACACAAUGUUUUGAGUACUGUAUUGAUAGAAAGGUUUACAAGUGUUUUAACUCUCUUGUUUGACCAAGAACUACUUUUUUUUAACACAAAAUGCACAAGCCUUCUUUUUUUUCUUCCAUGUUUAAAUGACCAGUUCAUUAAGAAAUUUAUAACUCUUAUAUGGUGCUCAAAAUACCCCUUAAAGUGCCACCAGGAGCCUCUUUAGUCUGAUUUUUGAGUCCUUUAAAAAAACCAAAAAGUAAUUGUUUACAUUCUUAAUUAAUACUGCUGAGUUUGUUGAAUGUUUUGCUUGAGAACAGUACGCAAAAAAAAAACUGUCACAUACAGUAUAUAUUAACAGUAUAGAGCUUUCGUUAAAUGUGUAAUGUCCUAGCACAUUAUAGAGCAUUUUAAUCAAUAGGUUUUUGAUAUGUGUUAUGUUAGAUGUAAAACAAUUUGAGUACAUUUGUAGGCUUGCGUGUGAAUAUCAGAAGUUUCUAAUUUUUUGUACUACAACCUUUUAGUGCGAUAUAUUUUAUCAGGAUUCCAUUUGAGGAUUUUCUUUUAUUUUGCUGAAAGCUUUUUUUAUGGAUCUAAAGUGCAAAAGCAUUUCAAAAGAACAGAUUCUGUGCUAUUUUUAUACUUCUUUUGAUUAGUGGAAAAGCAUUGAUGCAUUUUGUUAUGUUUAUGUACUUCCUACAGCAACCUUUAUAUCAUUUUUACUCAAUAAAAAACUAAAAAAC